AUGCCUGUACUAUCUGUGCCACGCCCUUACGAUGGCUACCCUACUAAUGUGCUUUCUGUCUUUCGACGAUUUCACGACCUCACUGGAGAAUGGCCAUGGCAACUGGUCGAGCACUUCGAGCCCCGUUACUGGAGCUAUCAGCUGGUGUACCGCUUCUACAGCCUCAUCAAAAACGAGCUAUCGCGCACAAGCUCUGUAACCCUAGACGACCUUGUCAAGUAUCUAUUUGACAAAUCUGCCCAGCACCCUAUGUCGAAAUACCGAUGCGUUCUCAGCAACAAGGUCAUUGGUCAGGCCGUUGAGUGGUUGGGCGAAAAGCGACAGGACUUUAUCCGUGGGUUCCGAUAUGAAACUAGACGACAAAGUGCCACAAGUGAUCGUGACCCAAAAUCAGCCCAGAAUGAAGCUAGUGGCUCACGCAAACGAUCCGCAGGGGGCGCUGCGAGUAACAACGAAGCCCAAGUCCCUGCAGCAUCCGCGAAGAAGCGCCUUAUGGUCACCUUCAAGUUUCAGCCAAAGCCAGUCGGAGACUGCAUUACUGUACAAGGCGACGAGUCGGACCAGAUUUCUGCCCGUGGGUACGCCGACCAAGCUAAUGGUGGACGAUCCAAUGUGAACCCACCAACCGGGUUGAUUACCCCUAUCGGAGAGAACGGCUGUGCAGAAGAGUCCCCUUUCCUGGACGUUACAUUCAAAACCUUCGAAGAAGCACAGAAAGCCUACACCGCCUACCUCAAGGGUGAAAUAACCACCUCGGGCAACAUCAUCCGUCGUUCGGAAGAGCAAAUUGAAACCACUAGUCGUCGUCAUCGCGAUUUAGUUCAAAAGAUCCUUCGAGAUACCGUUACGAAGGAUAACGCCGCCUCUGAAGUCACCGAAGCUCAGCAACAAAUGCUCAUCGCUAAAGAAGUCCAUGAUGCUGAAGCGGAAGCGCUCCGAGAAGCCCGUCGCAGUGCGAUUGCAAACCCAUCGGAUGCUGGAUCAGCACAGGCGAUAGCAGGGCUUGCCCACCGCGAACGGGAGUCUGGCCAGCAUCAAGAAGCUCAGCGCGCUAUCGUGGAAGUCAAGCAGAGGAUUCUGGUUGACAUUAUGACCAUGCUGAAGAAGACUGAAGCCGAAGCCGCCGUCCUGCCAGACAGACUGUGUGAGCUAGGCGAUGAAAAGGAAACAGAAGAGAAAAACGAACGGGACCUGACUAUUUUACGUCGUCUCAUCCGCUUGGGUCCCAAACUUGUCGAUCUCGUUGAUGAGCUUUUGGGUGAUCAAGAUAUCGAUGAUUGGUCAAGGGAAAAGGUCCAUGAGAUGGGACAAUUCGAGGACUAA